UGAAGUUUAUAUUUAAAUCGAAGAAAUAAUGGCGUUGAGCAGUGCGUAUGACAUUUUUUGGAGUGAAUGGUUUUGGUUACCAGAGAAUGUAACGUGGAAAGAUUUAGAAAACAAAGACGGUGGUUUAUAUUAUCCUCAGGCAGUACAUCUUUUCAUCCCACUUGUUCUUGCAGUAAUUGUAUUUGCAGUCCGUAAAUCUUUUGAAAGCUUAAUAGCUAGACCAAUAGGAUUAUAUUUUGGUAUUAAGGAUGGCAAACCAAAGAUCGCCCCACAAAUUAGUGCCUUGGAUAAUUCUUACAAAAUCAAGAAAUUUCCAACAGAAGAAACAAUUAAGGCAUUGGAAAAACAAACAGAUAUGACAGAGCGUCAGAUACAGAGAUGGUUUCGAAUGAAACGAAAUCAAGAACGUCCAAGUCAAAUGAAGCGCUUCACAGAGGCCUCAUGGCGAUUCUUCUUCUAUUUUAGUAUUUUUGUAUAUGGUGUAGCAGUUUUAUGGGAUAAACCCUGGUUUUCAGAUUCUAUUCAGUGCUGGGUUGGGUAUCCUAAACAUCACUUAUCCACUGGUGUAUUCUGGUAUUACAUGAUUGAGAUAUCCUUUUACUGGUCGCUAAUGUUUUCACAAUUCAUGGAUGUAAAGAGAAAGGAUUUCUGGGAAAUGUUUGCACAUCACUGUGCGACGAUAUUACUGUUGGCCUUUUCUUGGUGCGGAAAUUUUGUCCGGGUUGGAACACUAGUGUUGUGUAUACAUGAUGCUGUAGACUAUUGGUUGGAGGCAGCUAAGAUGGCCAAGUACAUCAAAUUCCAGCGACUCUGUGAUGUACUGUUUGCUGUGUUUGGAGUUGUCUGGUUCAUAACGAGACUAGUUCUCUAUCCGACAAAGGUCAUGUGGUCCACCUAUUUCGAAUGCAUACAGAUCGUGGGGCCUUUCCCAAGCCUCUACUAUUUUAACGGUAUUUUGGUGAUUCUUCUGAUCCUGCAUGCCUAUUGGUUCUCACUAAUUGUGACAGUCGCCUACACAGUGUUGUCCAAACAAGGCGAGGGACAGGUAUGUAAAAGAAAUUAACGCGUUUUCUACCGCUUUCUCUCUCAUGGCAUUCGGUAGAUUGUAGUAACAGCACUUUGUAUAUUCAGUUUGAAUUGGCAUUGAUUUCUGAGUUCAUUCACUCAUAUCAGUAAAAACAUACAGGUAAAAAUGCAUAGAAUAGCUUUUUAAUAAACAUUUUUUGUAUCAUGAUUGAGGAAACGGUACUUUCAUCUCAUUCCUUAUCGAGAAAAUUCUUCAUGCUAAUUUAACGUUUCGUCUAUCUGCACUACAAAAUCCUAUCAUUUCACAGAAAACCAACUAUAGUGUGUUGAUAAGACUAAACUUGAACAUCUAAAAUAUCACUCCCUUCCACAUGAAAAGCAGUUGAAUACAACAAAGCCGUGAUACUGAGUAGAAGAAAACCAGUUAGUUAUGUUCCCUCUGUAUGUUAAAUCCAAGGUUACACAGAAAUGUGCCGCAGUGUGCCUGUUCUAUUAGGAUAUUUAAAGGUAGCUGUUGUUCCUCAAAGAGUACCUGUUAUAAAGGUAGCGGUUGUUUCUCAAAGAGUACCUGAUAAAUUGAGAUGUUUAAAGGUAGCUGUUGUUCCUCAAAGAGUACCUGUUAUAAAGGUAGAUAUUGUUCCUCAAGGAGUACCUGUUAUAAAGGUAGAUAUUGUUCCUCAAAGAGUACCAGUUAUAAAGGUAGCUGUUGUUCCUCAGAGAGUACCUGUUAUAAAGGUAGAUAUUGUUCCUCAAAGAGUACCUGUUAUAAAGGUAGCUGUUGUUCCUCAAAUAGUACAUGUUAUAGAUAGCUGUUGUUCCUCAAAGAGUACCUUUUAUAUUGAGAUGUUUAAAGGUAGCUGUUGUUCCUCAGAGAGUACCUGUUAUUGGUAGCUGUUGUUCCUCAGAGAGUACCUUUUAUAUUGAGAUGUGUAAAGGUAGCUGUUGUUCCUUAGAGAGUACCUGUUAUAAAGGUAGCUGUUGUUCCUCAAAGAGUACCUUUUAUAUUGAGAUGUAUAAAGGUAGCUGUUGUUCCUCAGUUCUAUUCACCAAUUAUUUUCAUGAUUUUGCAUUUGAGAGUUGAAAUUGGAUUAUAUAACGGUGCUGUGAGUAUUCAUGCAAGAUAGAUAAGUAGAAAUUAUUAUAGAAAUCAAGGUUUUCAAUUCAUUAUAGAUCGCUGCAAUGUUUUAAUUAAUUUCUGGAAUAAAUAUAUUUUAAGAUAAAAAUUCCUUCUGUUUGGCUGUGAGUAAACGUGAAACAUGUUACAGGAUGUAUAUUGUACAGAAUUUUGGAACUUGAUACAUUUAAUGUUUUGGAACUUGAUACAUUUAAUGUUUUGGAACUUGAUACAUUUAAUGUUAUGAAACUUGAUACAUUUAAUGUUUUGGAACUUGAUACAUUUAAUGUUAUGAAACUUGAUACAUUUAAUGUUUUGGAACUUGAUACAUUUAAUGUUUUGGAACUUGAUACAUUUAAUGUUAUGAAACUUGAUACAUUUAAUGUUUUGGAACUUGAUACAUUUAAUGUUUUGGAACUUGAUACAUUUAAUGUUAUGGAAAGGUGAAGAUCGUUUCUUUUAUGAAGUUUAAAUUUCUCCUUCAAAUUCUUCAAAUGACAUGACCAGUUACACAUACACACUCAAGUUCAAAAUUGUCAAGUUCGUGCCGAGUGUAACUGAGAAAAUCCGCAGGCUCAUUCAAACAAUGAAAAAGUGAUGUUCAUGCAGAGUCGUAGUUGAAGGGAAAAAAGGGGUUUUCGUUCUUCCUGGACACUAUGGUGCUUUGUGCGAUCUUAGAAAUGUUUGUCGAUUGCUAAUUAGGGCUUAUCGUAUUUUAUUGGUACUAUUUCUUGAUUAAUUAAUUGCUAUACACCGAGUACUUAAGAUGUCUGUAAAUAAUGUUAUUAAAGUGCAUUAGGUAUUGUUCUUCCUGUAGGUUUUAAAAUUUUACCAUAAACUGGAGAGCUUCAAAGUCACGUGAUUUAUUGACUUGAGCAUUCUUUGACAUAUCAAGAUACAUGAUCUUAUUGCUGCCGGGUGUUUGAUGUUGCAGUGGAAUAUAAUUAUUUUCAUGAUCCUAUAUAUACUUUUACUUUCAUUGGGGGGGGGGGGGGGGGGGCACUGAAAUCGGUCGACCUUGCAUCAAUGUAUCAAUAUUUCUGUAACUUUUUAUAUUCUUCAAUAUCUAACCAGUUAUUAUGCUUUCAUUUUCAUUUGAAUUAACAUGCAUGAUAGAGAAUGGCAUACUAUAUUCUAAAAUAGCUUUACGAUUUCAUGAAUUGCGUGUACAUGUAUAAUACGUAAUCGUGAAAGGAAGACAUGCAUUAUAUGAUUCUGUUGUAAUGGUGGUUAACUUAUCGGUAGGUUCGUAACAAUCAGGUAUGUAUUACGGCAAUAACGGAAAUGGUAAAGCACAUCACUCUGACUUUUCACAUCUCUUUGCUGAAGACCUACAAGCAGAAAAAAAAUGUUAGAAUAGAAAAAAAAAUCAAAAACAAAACAAUAUUGACAGCUAUGCUAAAGUGCAUUUGUUAUACAGUAAAAACUGUUUAAUCCGACACCCGUGCAAGCUGUUUCACUGAGAUAUCCAGCCUUCAUUUUCAUCCCAUGCCCAAUAUAAUACUUAAACCGACACAAAGUCUCCCCCCCCCCCCCCCCCCCCCCCCCCCCCCCCCAGUACCUGUCGGAUGAAACAGAUUUCACUGUACAAUCGCUGUACAGAGUGUGGUAUUCUUUUUAUGUUUUAUCACACAGAGGCAGAAUAUUGCGUUAAAGUAGUGAUGAAGAAUUUCAAAGUAGGUUGUUUUGAUAUGGAUACAGCUAAUGAUUGGUACGAGUACUUUAUCUAGCAUCUUUACCUGUGUUUUUUCUAAGGAACGUUUAAUGCAAAAGUAGUUCAUCACGUGGUGUUUAGGAACAAGUCCCAUCCCCGUCCAACCGACUGUUUUAUAAAGAUAUGCAGACCUCUUCCCUCCCCCUUCCCCUCGUAUGGCUUGUUUUUAGCUUGCAAAUUUAAAAAAAUAAACAAGAUUGAAAGUUUGGCCAACCAGCUUCAGUAAUGCUGAUUUUAGUACAUGGUUUGAUAUAGAAUAUAGGUGUACCUGUUUUAUGAAUUCCAAAUGGAGUUCGUUGUAGAGGGUGUCCGGGUAGCGUAGUGGUUAACGCACUCGCUUCUCACCGCUGCGACCCAGGUUCAAUCCUCAGGAUGGACAGAGGUUGUAUGUGACAGGGUAUUACAAGUUCUCCGUUCGGACAUGUGGGUUUCUUCCGGGUACUCUGGUUUCCUCCCACAUCAGUGACCCCUUUGUGCCAAAAGAAGCAUGAAUUUUAAGUUGUAGAACUUGUCUGUAAAUCGUCGUCAAACAAAUAAAGUUUAAACCUAAGGUAAGUUAUGAAAAAUGCACUUAAAAUGUCACCUGGGGAAGAGGUCUCUAUGGUUACUCAGUUUGUUGUGUGGGGGCGGGGUCAAUCAUCAAUCACUUCUGAUCACAAGUUCAAAGGUCAAGAAAUGAGAAGAGUAUGAGCAACAAAAGUGCUGAAUAUUGUCAGAAGGAUUUUCUUUUAUCUGCAUAUUUGUUCUGCGGAUUACUAAAGGUGCUUACUAGGAGGUUUUAUUUAGUUUUAAUCAGUGUGAUAUUUUUUGAUGUGCAAUAACAUAACAUCUUCUGUUGUCUAGAAAAUCUUUUCUCUUAUUAAUUUUCUGAGAAAAUCAUGAAAUUCAGAUGAGCUUUUAUUCUCAUUUGAGGAAGUUACUGAUUAUAAACCUUGCCACAACACUUUGAUACAUAUUCCUCUGGUUGUCUGUGCUUUUACUAGCAACUUUAUGUUUGCACUUAGUAAUUUAUGUUGACAUUUAUUUUAACAUGAUUAUAAGACAUGUAAAAUGUGAUUAUUAAGAGUUUUCCAUGCAAUAUUUGAAAGUCAUGUGACUCACCUUAGCCAAAAUGCAUUUCUGAUCAAAUUUUGCCCAGCAUCUGUUUUGUUUGACUAUUUUUUUUUAAAGGUGUAUGUUUCUCAAGAACCACUGUCCCUAAUUUAGUUUUGCUUAACACAAAGGACCAUGACAAAGUCCAAGGGGAGAUGAUUGAUAAAUACAGUCAAACUUCGUUAUCUCGAACUCGAUGAAAAAUACAAAACACUUCCAGAUAUCCAAGGAUUAGAGAUAUUGAGGUUAAAAUACUUAAAGAAUAAGAGGUUUAGACGAGAUAUCCAUGAUAUUGGUGUUCGAAGUUAAACUGUAGUGAAAAUAGGUGGGUUGAGGUGUUUUUAAAAAGUCUCAAUUAGACCAGAAAAUCCAAACUUGCUACCCUUAUUUGGUAGAGAGUCAAUUAACUCGUGUCCGAGCUCUCACUGGGUCAGACCCGCGAUAUGAAAAUAGGUUGUGACCAAUCCUUUGUCAGGUGUCCUUGGACUGAAGGUCAUGGGUCUCAGAUGAGGCCGCAAAUAUUCAAGGUCACGGGUGAGACAUUAAACAUUGGGUCAUUUCAAUUUGAAUACGUCCUUCUUUUCUGAGUCUUGUGGAUGAGACUUUAUAAACACGUCUUUUUGAUUAGACCUAAAACACUUGAAUGAGAUCUUCAACACAAACUUUACAUUGGAUGGCUUGAGGAAAUUUUAAAAAGAAAGGCUGAAGUAUUGUGCAAACAUACCAGUGUAACGUUGAUUCAUUUUAGCUCACCUGAGAUUUAUAAGCUCAAGAGAGAUUUCCUAAUUACUUAUCAUCCGGCGUCCGUCUGUCCGUAAACUUUACACAUUUUCAACUUCUCCAGAACUAUAGGGCGACUUUAAACCAAACAAGUGAUAAAGCAUCCGUGGGUAAAUGGGAUUCAUAAUUGUUUAAAUCAAGGGGGUCACAUCAUUUUUGAAGGAGAGAUAAUUAAUAAAUAGUGUAAACUUGUGUAGAUUUAAGUUCAGUCAUGACCCCAUAGGACUAGGGUUGGGGUCGUAAUAUGAGGUCAAAAUUUGUCAUUUGAUUAAAGGGGGGAAAGAUCUUUUAGAAAUUCUUCUGAAGAACAGGAUAGCGAACGUGACUCAGAUGAGCAUUGUUGCCCGUGCCCUGCCCUCCUAUUUAGUCCCCUACUGACGAAGUCGAAGGGGACUUUAGGUUUGCGCUCCAUCCGUUUGUCAGGCUGUCCGUCAGUCCAGUUUUCCGCAAUUUUUUUCUCUGUUCUUGCAGAUAUUUAUUUUAUAUUUGGUAUGUUGCUUUGCCAUAACAAGUUACAGAUUAAGUUUGAAUUUCAUCUUGGUCCGUUGAUUUUUCACUUAGUUAUGGCCCUUGGACUUGAAAAAUCGCAUGAAUUAUCAGUUUUCCGGACUUUUUUUGGUUGUGCUUGCAGAUAUUCAUUUGAUAUUUGGUACAUUGCUUUGCCAUAACAAGUUACAGAUCAAGUUCGAAUUUUGUCUUGAUCCAUUGCUUUUCCAUUAAGUUAUGGCCCUUGGACUUAGAUAAAUAGCAUGAAUUGUUAGUUUACAUCCAAGUUUCUUAUCUCUGUAGAUAAGAAUACUACACUCAUUAAAACUUCUAGCAUAGUAAUACAACAAUAUAGCUAAAUUAUUCAUGAUCACCUACAUGUCACAGUUUAUUGACUUGGUUAAAGACCUAGACCUAAUUAUAAAUUUGUCUUUUUUCCUGGUAUAGUCUCUACUCGAAUAGUAGUUGAUUUCCAACCAUUCCUAUCCUGGUUCCCCAAUUUUCCCUUUUACCAUAACCUACGUAAUGAACUUUGAAUAUUGUUGUGGUACAGUAAUUUUUUCAACCGGUAGGGGACUAUGUAUUGUCAUGCAAUACUCUCAGAAUGCUUGUUUUACGUGACCAUUAUUUGACCACGAAAUUGGUCGUGUGAAAAUAGGUGAAAGGAGGAAAAUGCAUUGAGCGGGUGAGCAAUGUGGCCCACAGACAAUUCUUCCAUCAGUUAUCAAUCUGUCUGUCUUUUAGUUUAUUGUUUAUUAUCACAUGUACUACUUGUUUUUAUAUUUUAAAAAAAAUGCUCUUUGAAUAUGUCUGCUUAGUUUUAUUCAUUACGCUUGUUUUAGAUAAUCCAGUACAUGUAUAUGUAUAUUUUUAACUUCCGGACAGCGGACAUGAAAGCGAGGCUGAUUCUCGCAAAUCUUAGCUGACCACUCCAUUGAAAUGGUUGAGAUUAUGGAUUGACGUUCUUUGUAACAUGAUUUUAUUUUUAUUUAUCUUUUUAUUCAGAUUUGCAAAUUUUAUUUAUUUUUCAGGAAGUUACAGAUAUUCGUAGUUCCGAUGAAGAAGAAGUCAGCGAAGAAGACACCACUCGUAAUGGCUCUGGUGACCACAGUCUCACCAACCAUGUUAAUAACUCAAUAACAAAAUAAGCAAUCUAGAAAUCUAAUUGUAACUUUUUACACCCAGUCACGUCAUCAGGGAAGUCAAAACUAGCGAUUUUUUUUUUUUUUUUUUUUUUUUUUUUUUUUUUUUUUUACAUUUUUGUUUUAUAUUUUUACGCAUUGUACUUCACCUCACAUCCACCCUACAUAUCUUUUUUUUUUAUUUCAUCUGAACAGUUCCUCAUUAAAUUAUUGUAUCGUGGGGAGAUGAGUCAGAGUUAUCUCCCUUGCUUUUUGAUAUCCCCCCCACUGAUAUUCAACAAGAUUGAGAUUUUAGACUACAUGUAUAUAUGCCCUAUGAUUUGCAGCGAAUUUUCUUACUCUUGAAAAACGCUUCGCUCCUGUUGAAGGUCAGCAUUAUAUUUGAUAUACAUGUGUAUGAAAUUUAGGAAAUUUGAUAUCAUGAAUAGACUACAGAAGAACAUGGAUUAUUAUUCAGAUACAUGUAUUUAAGUAGUGCUUGUGAUAUUUUUAAACACGUCAGCUGUAUUUAAUUGGGGUUAAUUCAGAUAGCAAAUGGAAGUACUGUUACACGUACAGGUCGGACUAUUCCUGCCAGUCCUAGAAGAUGAGAUUGUUAUUAUGAUGUACAGGUAUAAACCCAAUCACAACUUGUCGGUCCAUACCUGUCAGUCCAAGAAAAUGAUAUUGUUAUAAUGGGCUGCCUACAUACACAUUACUUCUUGGGAGUGUGUUGGACGUGCAUUACUGUUUAAUCUAGAAAUACACUCAUCUUAAGAACGUAUGACACAGUUCUGAAAUAUGUAUGUUAAAUACAUGUAUUUGGAAAUUAGAAACUAAGAAUAUUUUAUGUAGCGAAAAAUUGCAAUUUGGAUCUAUAUAUAAUAUUACCGAACAAAAAAUUGAAACCUAUCUGGGAACUGGAGCCAUAGUUUAUCUGAAACUGUGAGCUACUCGGAAUAGGCAAUAAAUUUAGAUGUGUGACUGAUAUUUGUGACGUACGUUCUUUCGAAAUAUGAUUCUGUACAUUUUCAUAUUCGUAAUUUCAUAUUCGUAAUUUCAUGAGCACAUAUGAACGUAAAAGCAAAUAUUUUUGUAGUGUUUGAUUGGUUAAUACUGAGUGACAUCGCAAUUGUCUGUUCACAGUACAGGGUUUAUGUGAGUCUGGUAAAUGUCAAUCAUGUGUGGGUGGAUAUGAUUGUGUGGAAAAGGUACAAGUGUAAGCUGUGAUGGAAAAAAAAAGGUGUUAUAAUAAUGAACAGUAAUGGUCUUUCUUAUUUUAGAAAUGUACAUAAAUGAAAAAGGCGUUUUGUAUUUUUUAAAAUGAUUUUUCGUUAAGCACAACCAGUCAUGUGUAAUUAAAGAAAAUACUCUCUGACAUUCUUUGAUUUUGUGUUGGACACUAGCAGAUCUAAAACAACAAACCCCCCCCCCCUCUUUUUUUUAUUAGAAAAUGUUACCAAAUUUAUCUCUGAUUUUGAGGACUAUUGAAGUUGUACCUGUUUUGAAAAGUACGUCACUGUGGGUUUAAAAUCGUUUUAAAAUUGCGUAUAGGGUAUUCAUCACAUAAUUUGCAUUUUCUUCAUUUAAAUUCAGUAUAAAAUGGUGGAAAAAAUAAUAAUCUAAGAAAAUGUAAUACCUUCAAAAUGGUGCAGGUUCAAGUUAAAAAAAAUAUAUAUCCUCUAAUAUAUACUAGUAUAUAUAUCUAUAAAGUACCGAUAUUGCAGUGAACUCUUAAAUAAAGAUAACUGCGCUAAAUGAAAAAAAUAUUUAAUAUAAAGCACAGAAAAAAUCACUAUAUUUGGAUCCCACUUCCACCCCUAUAUUCACUCGAUUUUCAUAUUAAUAAUCCUAACUUUUGUGGUUUUCCUAAAAAGAAAUUUAAAGGGGAGGGGGUGAAAUUGAAUAAAUUCUUUCUUUUAAAGAAUAUGACCGAGUUACAGGAACAAUAAUAUUACAAAUGUAGCACGUUCAUCUUAACGUAUACAUAUAUAUUUAUCUGUGUAUUGAUAAGCGUGUAUGGUAGCAUAGGGACCAAAUGGGAAGAUUUUCAUUGCAAGAUUUUAAACACAUUCUCAAAAGUUCCUCUUUACUGCUAUGUUUAUAAUCAAGAACUCCAUUUUAUUGCAUUAGAUACAGUGUAGUUGUGAAUUUAGAAUAGUAGUUUUUGAAAUUAUUUUUGCAUUGGUAUACUUUGUUAUGUUGAUGAAAAUGUGUUUGCUGAAAGUGUCAUAAAACGGAAGUCUCAAUAAUAUGUAUCACGCACCCGAGUUUAAUUUAACCUGCAGAUUUGAACAAGGUUGGUGCAGGAUGGAAGUAUUUGCUCACAAUUCUAAAUUAGCUCUGUAAGAUACAACAGACACUGAAAUAAUUGUAUUUUGCCCACAUGAGCUGUGAGCUUUUCUGAUCACAUUUUGUUUGUCGUUUGUUUGGAAACUUUAAGCACUUUUGACUUCUCGAGAAGCUUAUUUCAGCCAAACUUGCCACAAAGUAUACUUGGGUAAGGAUGAUUCAAAUUUGUUCAAAUGAAGUGCCACGUCCUAAAUCAAGAAUUCGUAACAAUUUUGUGACAUUGUUUUAAAAUCUCAACGAGAUUUCAAAUAAAACUGAAUACAGAUCAUCCUUGGGUGAAGGGCUUUCAAGUUUGUUCAAAUGAAGGGUCAUACUCUCUUCAAAAGGGAACAGAAGUUUUAAAAAAUGCAGAAAUAGAGUGGGGUUAUUUGAAAAUCUUCUCAAGAGCCACUGGGGCCAGAAAAGUUAAAACUAAUUUGAAUGCUUCCUAACAUAGUGUAAAUUCAAGUUUGAUCAAAUUGAUUUCUUAUCUUGUGACAUUGUAUCAUGGUUAUAUCGUGACAUUUUGGCGCUGGAUUAGAGCCACAGUAGGGGAGGGGGGGGGGUCAACAUUUUUCAUGGAAUAAAAUUGCAAGAAAUCUUUUAAUCACAAUAGCUGAACAACAGCAGAGCCAAGGUGAGCGGUGUGGCCUAUGGGCCUCUUUUUUCGUAGACAAAUACUGUACUCUUUAAUUUACAUGCGGAUCAUACAAACUGACCCUUUUUCUGUCUAUCGAGAAAUUCAUAUUUGUUCAAAAUUAGGUUAGAGUAACUGAACCUAUGAAGAGAACAGGUAAACCAAAGCUCAUGGUUCCCCAUAUGAACAAUUACCAGACCUUGUUGAUAUAUAUUUUCUGAUCUUUAAUCUCUAAUAAAGGAAAUAAAUUGCUAUAUAUUUCUAAGGAUGAAAAUGUGCUGAGUUUGUAUUUAAUUAAUAAAUUAUUCAUAUAUAUAAGUGUAUAUUGUUUAUCAAUUUUAUGGAUGUUGUAGUAUUUACAUUAACAUUGCUUGUAAAUUUUUGUCAAUAAAUAAUGCACAAAUUGCAA